GUUCAUGCUUCAAUCGAAUCGCGUCUAAUCGGCACGAUGGAGACGGAGUCCCUGGCGUGAUUUGAAGGGGGAAGCCCUCAGCACAACACGACAGACACACAAUGCACUCCUCCUGUCGCGAAAACGAUGCCUUUCUCUGGACGUGUAGACUCCUAAUGUCACCUCGCUGAGCGAUGAUGCUCGUGUUACGGCUCGCCUUUGCUCAUCGUCCGCUUUAUUCGCGAAAGAAGCAGCAGAACGGAUGCUUGACCACUGCGAAACUGCCUUCACGCAUCAAGCCUCUUCUGAUUAUCGGCAAGGGACACGUUAUCAUAACCACGAGGGCCAGGGAGACACGAUUAAAGUUUCAAGGAUGUAAAUCGCGGUGUGGUAUGAGUGAAGUCGCCUCCGUCUAGCACAAACUAGAGCUCACGUUUGAGAGAGUCGAAAGUGGACGUCCGUUCAGCAAUUGCUGCACAUCACACCAUGAGCCAGCCACAGCCCCCUCAGCAGGCGGCAGCACCGGAUCUGGAGGUGAUCUCCCAGCAGGUGGAGGAUGAAAGCCAGUGCAUGGCUCCAGUGCAGCUGGUCAGCUUCACCUAUAAGGACCUUCCUCUAGCUGCCCUGGACCUCUCGCUGGCCGGAUCCCAGCUACUUUCCAAUCUGGACGAAGAGGACAACCAAGAGGGGUCUAACUGGCUGAAGCCAUGCUGCGGGAGGAGAGCAGCGCUGUGGCAGGUGUGUUUGCUGAGUGCUGGCUUCAACUGUUUCCUGGUGGCCUGUGUCAUCUUGGUGGUGCUCUUACUGACUGUGGAACUGCUCAUUGAUACUAAACUCUUACAAUUUAAUAAUGCAUUCCAGUUCGCCUGUAUCAUCCACUGGAUCAGCCUGGUCAUCCUGUCCGUGUUCUUCACUGAGACUGUCUUUAGGAUUGUGGUGCUCGGGAUUUGGGAUUAUAUAGAGAACAAAGUUGAGGUAUUUGACGGUGCUGUGAUUGUACUCUCUCUGGCCCCAAUGGUGGCCUCCACAGUGGCGAACGGCCCCAGCAGCCCCUGGGACGCCAUCAGCCUCAUCAUCACCCUCCGCAUCUGGAGAGUCAAGAGAAUCAUUGAAGCGUAUGUGCUACAAGUGAAGGUGGAGAUGGAGCUGGAGAUCCAGCAGUAUGAGAAGACCAAAGCUGUGAGGGAGGAGCAGCUGGAGAGACUCACACAGAUCUGUCAGGAACAGGCCUUUGAGAUCAGGCAGCUGAGGGCUCACCUGGCGCAGCAGGAUUUGGAUCUGGCCGCUGAGCGUGAGGCCGCCAUGCAGAUCCACCAUGUGUGGGGGAAACAGAGCAGCAGCUUCCAGGAAAUAGACGGCCUGGGUCCCGCUGGAUCUGACAACGAGUGCCGCGCCAACACCAGAGAGCCCAGACCUCCUCCAGGCGCUGUGAGUUGGGUCUCGUCUCCAGAGAUGUGCGGUGCAGUCGACUCCUCGCUCUGCCAGGCAGAUCAUAAGACCUUCUACCCAGCCGAUGACCUCCGCUGCAUCUACAGCCACAGCCACGUCAGACAGCCUCUUUUUGGGAUGGCUCUCAUUCACUAUGUUAUACUAUCUGUUAUACACACAGACAUUGGGGUGCCCGACCCUGGUGCACGUGUCAUAACCACAGCAGCCAUCGAUGUCCACCUUCCUACCAACCCCAGCCACUUGCCGCCUUCCCUCGUCAGUGCUGACGGCCCGGGCAGUGGCCAGGAGCGCACGGGCAGCUCUGUAAGUGAAGCAUCCAGCACGACCAUGUCCCGGUCCAGCUGCAGCUUCACAGCCCGGCAGUACAGCGUCAGCAGCCACACACUGGGCUCCACAACUGACUGCAGCUCUACCGUACGGGAGGCCUCCACCUCAGACUACAGCGGCCAACGCUGCUGCCCUCCUCCGUACUGCAGCCCUUUGACCCUCGGCACACAACCGGGUGUCCAUGACCCCAGCGCGGUGGUCAAAGAACUGUUCUCUUCCCUUUCUGAGGACUCCUGCCUGGCGCAGAAAGGCAGGGUGGACCCGGUCAAUCUUAAAUUGCCCAGUCCGGCAGGGUCGGUAAAGGCCAGUCCGGAACUGCAACACAGAGUGAACAUAUACAACAAGAGAAACCAGGAAAGUCUGGGCGUAUUCCAGACCAAGCCACUAAUUCACCUGCAGGGGACCGAGCCAUCUCUGGAGGAGAAGUACAGGCUUAUGGAGCCGGCAGAUACUCCACUGAGCCAUAUACCGGACACAUAGAGCAUGAAGUUUGGGACGGUGACCACCAACACCAGCUGAAGCAGCCUCUCUCUUGGCCUCUCUUUCUAUAUCGCUUACUUACUGGCUGUGUCCGAAAUAUAAAAAAUAGUGACAUUGCUGGCAGUAUCUGGAGGUAGGAAGGCAUCAGGGCAUAUCGGAGUCUAAUGUUUGUGGAACGUUCUCUACUGAAAGACUGUGACUUGUCAAGAGGUUGCCGAGUCAGUGUAAAUGACUCUGUCAACACUAGUUCUGGAGAGCCAACUUCCUUGUCCAAAUCUGCUCCAACAGACCUUCUUUUCAGGUAAUCCAGAACACCUUCGUUGGUUGGGUAAGGUGUGUCUGAUAAGGGUUGGAGUUAAAUUCCGUGUGAAGUCAACUCUCUGGGAGCAGGGUUGGCUACCCCUGCUUCUUUUCACCAGAUUUAUGUGGAUUCCCUUGUUACAAAUGGUGCAAAAACACAAGGCUGAAAUACACUACAUCUUGUAAAAUGGUUAGAGAAAAAUAUAAAUACGCUUAAAGGGUUAGUUCACCCAAAAA